GUGAAUAAAUAUGCUUUCGCCCCUGCCCAACCUUGACCUUUCUGCUUCACACUCAAGAGUCAAGGCAGAAUGGAGUCUUUAACUGCCAUCGGCCUCGUGUCCAACAUCAUAGAGUUUGUUGACCUGGGGGUGAAACUGCUCCGCGAUGCCCGUGAGAUUUACGAGUCCGCGUCCGGGGCCACAGAGAUCAACGAGAAUCGUGAGUUUACGACGAAGAAAAUACAAGAGUUCGGUGACAGUCUGGUCCCACCAGCGAAUGGAGUUGUAACUGGAAACGAUAAGUUCAUUUGCGACCUUGCGUGGCAGUGCAGGGGUUUGGCUCUGGAUAUCGGUGAGCUCUUGGAUGAGGUGAAGCCUCAUGAUUCUGGGUCGUCGAGCCAGAAUGUUUUCAAUGCAACUGAAAGCAAGAGAUUCGAGAAGAGAAGGGAUGAACUACAGGGCCGAUUGAAGAUCUGUCAAGAUCAAUUGGGGUUGCACUUGAAUAAUGCCACAUGGGCUGACAUGAAGAGUGGGUUGGACUUAUUUAUUGCCAGUUCCAAAGAAAAUGCCGACUGUAUAGUGCAGCUGCAAAAGCAAGUCGAGAGCCUUCGGAGUUUGAACAAUACUCUAUCUGGGGAUUGUCAGCUCCAUCUAUCAGGCUUGCUCGAGAUUUCCGAAGACUCCUAUGAAACGUUCCUCAGCGACCGCUUUGUUUCGUACCUCAAGGUUGACAGCAUCGACAAGCGUUUUGACGAUAUUGCCCGCGCGCAUGACAAGACCUUCGAGUGGAUAUUCGACGAAGAUGAUGAUAACGAUGGCAUGGAUCCAUAUCGACUCGCAUACCGUCAAUCCUUCAAUUCCUGGCUGUUGUCCGGCGAUGGAGUUUUCCACAUUUCCGGCAAGCUGGGAUCGGGAAAGUCAACAUUAAUGAAGCUGAUCUGCCGCGACGCCCGCACGGAGAGCAGAUUGAAAAAAUGGGCUGAUGAACAUGAGCUCGUCAUGGCCCGGCUCUUCUUCUCGAAGCCCCCAAUUUUGUGUCAAGACCCGAUGAGAGAUCUCCUUCACUCACUCCUUUACCAGUGCCUCAAAUCAUCUCCGGGGUUGGUGAAGGUGGCUUUUCCUGAGAAAUGGGACAAGAUCAAAUCCAUGCCGAUGAUCGUGUACAAUCACUUUACACUUGACACGCUCCUCGAAGCUUUUGGCCGUCUGGUGGAGAAUUGCGGAGCCCAGCGCUACCGGAUAUGCUUUUUUAUCGAUGCGCUCGAUGAGUUCGAUGAUAGUGGGAUGGAGGAUUAUACGGCUUUGAUUGACAGAAUUUCGGACUGGAGUCGGGCGUCCAGAGGAAACGUCAAAUUCUGCGUGUCUAGUCGGGAAGAUAACGUCAUUCUGAAUGGGUUUUCGAAUAUCCAACGCCUGACAAUGCAAGAUCUCACCCGGUGGGAUAUCGAUCGGUUCGUGCGCGAUAAACUUGAGAUUUCAGGCCCAGGUAAAGAAGGGCUACUGCGAAGUAUCGGCAGCAGAGCCGAUGGGAGUUUUCUCUGGGUUGUGCUAGUCAUAAGACGGCUGUGUGAUUUGAAUGAGAGGGGCGAAACCUUGGAGAGAAUGGAAAGGGAGAUGGACAUCAUGCCAAAUCGACUGGAGGAUCUCCUCCGCUAUCUCCUUGAGUCGAUCCACCCCUCUGAUCAAGGGCGAGCCUACCGAACAUUUGCCGUUAUUAACAAGUUGAAUGAGGAAACCAGAUGGGGCGGAGGAUUCUUGACUAUACCAUUGGACUCUUACUACUUCUUCGAUGAUUGUUCGUCCGACUUGCCAGAUGAUUCCAUACCUGCACUGGCUGGGGGAUCGGGUGAAAUGUCCAAGUUCGACCGGCAUGCGCAGGCACACAAGAUGCUGAUGCGUACUUGCCAGGGCUUGCUCGAGCCCACGAACAUAACUUUAUCACCUGAGCUGUCUGAAACUGUGAUCUCCUUUACACACCGGUCAGUCCCAGAAUUCUUGGACUCAGUGAGGUCCCCAGCCCAGCAGGAACAUCUAAAUGGCUUCUGCUUGGAAAGUGCCAUCUCUCGACUCCUCCUGAUCAAUCUGUGGGAGAUGAGAGCCGACGGUGGGCAGUUCGAAUACAUGAGUUUUCUCAGUUAUCGUAUUGCGCAGAUAAGAAGCAGAGCCAAGAUCAGUCGGCACCCUUUCAUGUUCGAGGAACAAUUACAGGCGGCUUUAGCUCGGAAUGGAGACUUGGAUAUCGACGGGGAACACGACUACCAGACGAUAGGUAUUCGCGCCGAGUUUGGCGCCGAAGUUGGCAUUCGCAAACGAAAUUAUCAGAUCGGAACCUGCAAACCACAUGGGAAAAACAGUUAUUAUAUCUGCAAACCCGUGUUUAUUGCUGCCGUUGUUGGGAAUUCAGGAUACGUAUUGUGGAAACUCUCUCAGGAUCCGUCAUUCCUGGAGAACAGAAACAACGUCGCUCUUUUGUUCUACUGUGUUUUCCACGGUUUGGAGGAGGAUUCAGAAUGGAGGGGCUGGGAAGACCUACCCUUUCACACUCUUCACACGAUGACGACGGAUAUAUCACCAAGCACAUCUUCUCUUUUAACAAAAUCGGAUGAGGAAGUAACGCUCAGCAUCUGGCACCAUUUGAUCCUGUAUCGCAUCACCGAUGUUCCCGAUUAUGAAUCUGGGAAUCUAUUCUUUCUGGAAGAAGCCUUGAAACGUGGAGCUGACGCCCGCAUCGAAGUUCUGUUGACCUCAAAGAUGCGCCGUGGCCUGCAUGUGGUUCGGUUUCUUUUCGGAAAGGAACGCCGUCCAGUGGAGUUCCUGCUAGAUCUUGAGAACGAGAUCUGGGAAUAUGGCUAUAAAGCGCUUUAUGAGGCUGGCAAAGUUCGUGAGACUACGGUGGCCGAUCUUUUCAAUCGGGACGAAAUUCUGGAGUCUCCGGUCUUGACGACCCUGGCUGCAUUGGCUCGUCAAAGCAAUGAUUCUCCCCCGCUGUUGGAUGCAUCGGCUGCGGUGGGAAACAAUGUCACUAUGGAUGGCCAAUCGUCCGGUGAUAUACCCCUAGAUACAGCGAAAGGAGAUCGAAAUAUCGACGAACCGACAGCAGACAUGGCAGACCUCAAGGCAGCACUCGAAGAACAGAGCAUCGAUGAACGGACAGGAAAGCCGGGGGAUCCCGAAACAACCUCUGCCAUCAACACCAGGAACCAAGACUCGAAAGCAAAAUAACAUCGAAAAAUUGGUAUAGGGCAAAGUCAUUGUGGCUAUUCUACGACUUCUUAGAUGGGUUGGUCGCCAGUCCACUGUACCUGUUCAGCAAUCAGCCUGAUCUAGGGCCUCUUGCCCAUCGUCUUUAGGAUCUAUCUCCAUAGGGACCUAGGCUCGGCGAUGUAAUUAAAUACUUAUAUACUACAGAGUACCCAUAAAUCAAACUAACCCUAUGGAUCUCAUC